CCCCCGGGGCCGCCCGCGGGUGGCACGUGCGGGAGGGGGCGGGACCGGCGCGCGGGCCGCCGGCGCCGCGGCCGGAAACAAUAGUGCCGGAGCCCGAGCCGCGCGGACCGGCGGCGGUGGCGGCGGCGGCGGGGAGGCGCGCGGAGUUGGACGGGGCACUAUGAGCGGAGAGGAGCAGUUUGUCAACAUCGAUCUGGAUGAUGACCACGUCUGCAGCGUCUGCAAGCUGGGAACGGACCGGGAGACCCUCUCCUUCUGCCACGUGUGUUUCGAGCUGAACAUUGAGGGAAUUCCAAAAUCUAAUCUCUUGCACACCACAUCAUUAAGGGGCCAUAAAGACUGCUUUGAAAAAUACCAUUUGAUUGCAAACCAGGAUUGUCCUCGAUCUAAGCUUUCCAAAAAUACUUAUUAUGAAGACGUUAAAGCCAUCUUGAGUAAGAAGAUAAACUGGAUUAUACAGUACGCACAAAAUAAGGAUGUGGAUUCGGAUCCGGAAUGCUCUAAACGUCCUCAGCAUCACCUGUUUAAUUUCAGGCAUAAGCCAGAUAAAAAGCUACUCCCACUCCCACAGUUUGACUCCCAGGUACCAAAGUAUUCUGCAAAGUGGCUAGAUGGAAGCACGGGUGGCCUCUCAGACUGUACACAGAGAAUAUUGCAGCAGAGGGAAAACUCAGACUUCGGGCUCGCUGUGUUACAAGGGUCAGGUGCCACUUUGUGCCACAAUAGUGUAUUGUGGCCUCCUGCUCACAGCCAGGCACAGAAGAAAGAAGACAGCAUCUCCAGUCCACAGGCUAGUGUCCAGACCCAGCAUCCACGUUACAGCAGAGAGGAGUUGAAUUCGAUGACUUCUGGUGAGGUAAAGCAACUGAAUGCAAAGCUCCAACAGCGAAUACAGGAAGUGUUUGAAGAGUUAACACGCCAAGUGCAAGAAAAAGAUUCUCUGGCCUCAGAGCUCCACGUCCGCCACGUUGCCAUCGAACAGCUUCUCAAGAACUAUUCCAAGUUGCCCUGUGUGCAAGUGGGGCGGACGGGCAUCAGGUCCCACCUGACAUGAGCAACGGAACUGAACUUACACUCACUUCCUGUGCCCUGCCACUUCCGGGUCUGGCAGGCUUGCAGUGUGGUCACUAAGUUUGUAGAACUUACAGGCAGUAUUCAACAUUUAUGCGAGAGAAAGCAGAUCCUCACACUCUAGUCUUCUAGGGUUCAUCAUUUUGGCUCAUUUGGGGAAUUUUUUCCCCCUUAAUUACUGAGUGGCCCUCCCUAACUUUAACCACAUGUGACUGUUUAAGUAUACUGUUACAGUGUGAUUUUAUGAAACAUAGUUUAAUGUAAUUCACCUCUCAAAACAGUAGAAGGUUAACAGACACCUUGGAUUAGUCUGAACUACUAAAGAUAACAAUUUUAAGAGGGAAGUUAAAUUCAUAAUAUCACCUCGUAUUUAUUAUGAGCAAUAUUUUAAUAUGAAAAUUUUAUAUAUAAAAAUGCUAUUUUAGGUACCUUUCCAUUCUCUUUAUAAAUGUGUAUUUGAAUGGCUCUGUGUAUUAUAUUUACACUUUCACGUGUGAAUAUCUUACCCAUGUUUCAGAUCUUACUGCAUUUUAUUCUCUUAAUACACUGCUUUUACAACUAUUACCUUGUUUUCCAAAGAUAAAUGUAUUUUGGAGUAGAAAUUUAUCUAGUUGAAUUGUUUAACUUCUAAUAACUCUUAUAAAGAGGAAUUAAUUCCUUUUUAAAGCAAAUAGGCAAGAAAAUAAAAUAUGUAAUUUUUUCUAACAAAAGCAGAUCUGAGCUUGUUCAGGAAGAAAAUGCUAAUCUAGCUUUUAUAUGUCAACAAGUCUGCAUAGAAGUUAGAGUCUCUUCUCUUUCAUUAUUAUUUUCAUUCUACUGACUUUGAUGUAUUAGAAUUUGGACAGAGUAAGUCAAGCCUUACUUGUAAGUCAAAUAGAUUAUCUUCAAGUUGAAUGUACUGUUAAAUUAUUGCCCUAUCUUUGAAAAAAAGUUAGUUAUUUUGUGUGCCACUUGGGAUCAUAGUUCAAGAAUCCUUAAACUGUCCAAAUUCUGUUUCACUGAAAUUAGUGCCUAAAGAAAGCAUUCUAGGGCAUUUUUCUAAACUUUGGAAUCUAAAGGGAAAGAGAAGAUUGCUUGACCCA